AGUAGUAACGGCUCCCGCUCAGCCGUUGAAACGGUUUCUGUGACGACGAGAUACGUUUUUUUUUGUUUUAUCUCUAUAGCAUAUGUUUUCACAAGCUGGUGUUUAUAUUAGCGUGUAUAAUCUACUAAAAAUAGGUCGAGUGAGAUAAAGGAGAUAUAAUACCAUUAAGUGUGUUUAAAUUUGAUUAAAGCUCCGUCGUGUUUUCAUUAUUCAGGUUUAAGCCCACCAAAUUAGCCGACAGUGAGUCAUACGAAAGGCAAAGCGGCGGUCGGAACUUGAAAUAUGACGAUAAGCAAAAUGGGAGGAAAGUCGUUGCUCGCUUGCUGAAGUUGGAGGUUUCUCCUUGUUGGAAGAGGAGGUGGCGGCGGACAAACACCACGAGUUCACUCUCACAAUAAAAGGAGUGAACCCAGCCUUCCAACAUACCUCCUCCCUUUCAUUGGGCUAAGAUGAGUAUUACCAGUGACGAAGUGAACUUCUUGGUGUACAGAUACCUCCAAGAAUCAGGUUUCUCCCACUCAGCGUUCACCUUUGGCAUCGAGAGCCACAUCAGCCAAUCCAACAUCAAUGGAACACUAGUGCCCCCUGCAGCCCUCAUCUCCAUCCUGCAGAAAGGGCUCCAGUAUGUGGAGGCGGAAAUCAGCAUCAAUGAGGAUGGCACGGUCUUCGACGGUCGGCCGAUCGAGUCGCUGUCGCUCAUCGACGCGGUCAUGCCAGACGUGGUGCAGACGCGGCAGCAGGCUUUCCGCGACAAGUUGGCCCAGCAGCAGGCGGCCUGCGCCAUGGCGGCUUCGACCUCCGGAAACCAGUCCAACGCACCAAAGAACGGAGAGGCCACGGUCAACGGGGAGGAGAACGGAACUCACAACAUGAAUAACCACAGCAGCGAGCCCAUGGAGAUGGAUAUAGAUGUAGAGAUACCAGCCAGUAAAGCCACGGUGCUCCGAGGCCACGAGUCUGAAGUGUUCAUCUGCGCCUGGAACCCUGUCAGCGAUCUGCUGGCCUCGGGCUCGGGGGACUCCACCGCCAGGAUCUGGAACCUGAACGAGAAUAAUAACUCCAACUCCACCCAGCUGGUGCUGCGCCACUGUAUCCGAGAAGGUGGCCAGGAUGUCCCCAGCAACAAAGACGUCACCUCACUAGACUGGAAUAGCGACGGGACUCUCCUGGCAACGGGCUCAUAUGAUGGAUUUGCCAGGAUAUGGACAAAGGAUGGAAAUCUGGCAAGCACCUUGGGGCAGCACAAAGGGCCCAUAUUUGCACUCAAGUGGAACAAGAAGGGGAACUCUAUUCUCAGUGCUGGUGUAGAUAAGACGACAAUCAUUUGGGACGCGCACACAGGAGAAGCCAAGCAGCAGUUCCCGUUCCACUCCGCCCCAGCACUGGAUGUCGACUGGCAGAACAACUCCACCUUCGCCUCCUGCAGCACAGACAUGUGCAUUCACGUGUGUCGCCUUGGCAGCGACCGGCCCCUCAAGACCUUCCAGGGCCACACGAAUGAAGUUAACGCCAUUAAGUGGGAUCCGUCGGGUAUGCUGCUCGCCUCCUGCUCAGACGACAUGACCUUAAAGAUCUGGAGUAUGAAGCAGGAGUCCUGCGUCCACGACCUCCAGGCUCACAGUAAAGAGAUCUACACUAUCAAAUGGAGCCCCACAGGCCCCGGCACAAGCAACCCCAACUCCAACAUCAUGCUCGCCAGCGCCUCCUUCGACUCGACAGUACGACUGUGGGAUGUCGAGCGAGGGGUUUGCAUCCACACGCUGACCAAGCACCAGGAACCCGUCUACAGCGUGGCCUUCAGCCCCGACGGCAAGCACCUGGCCAGCGGCUCCUUCGAUAAGUGCGUCCACAUUUGGAACACCACGACCGGAGCCUUGGUGCACAGCUACAGGGGCACCGGUGGUAUUUUCGAGGUGUGCUGGAACAGCACCGGAGACAAAGUCGGUGCCAGCGCGUCAGAUGGCUCGGUAUGCGUUCUUGAUCUCCGGAAAUAGCAGACUUCAGACUCUGAUGAUGAAUCCUGGAAUGUGCAGCAAAUUGCCUUCUUCUGACAUCAGCAAACAAACCUGUCAUGGCUCGAGAAGAGCUGUAAGGUGGAGUGAAACGAAAACCUCUCGCAGGAAGUGACACCAGUUUACUGCAGCAGCUGCCCGAGGAGCCAAGAACCGACCGACUUCAGUGCACCUUACAGUUUGUUGAUGUGUGUUUUAACGAUAACGCCUAUUUGAAACACAACGGAAUCCGGUUAAAGAGAUCCCCAAGACUGGACUGAAUCAAACCAACCCUGGGUGCAUCCAUGUUUUAAAAGGUUUCUAAUGAGGAAGUGCUGCGAUCGCUCCGGGCCCGUUGGUCCAGCUGUUAUCGGGGGUUGGAAGGGUGGAAACACAAAGAUGAGUUUUAUAAAACAAAACAAAAAAAAAAGUGUUAAUGAGACACGUGUUUGGCUGUGAAAGGCAACAAAUUAUGAAAGAAAGGUUGUGGUUUUUAUAAUCCCUCUGUGCAAAUGUUACUACUGCGGGACGUGGUAAAAGUAACACGGAUACCGAAGCACUGCUUAGUGUCUGUUGACAGGUUGCCGAACUUCUUCUCAGCGGAGAAUAGUUUGUAUCGAGAGUACUUCUUGCUUCACAGAUGGACUUUUUUUUUUUUUUUUUUUUUUUUUUUUUAUUUGAAAAUCCAAAAAAUUGAAUGUGCCGCUACAAGGUUAGUUCUUAGCUCGCGUCUAUAACAUCAGGUCAACGAAAAGGAAAAAAAAAACAACCUGCCAAGAAAAACAGCCCCGCGCUCCUAAAACGACCUGAUCAACUCAACUCAAGAUUGGAAAAUGUCAUUUUGUUGGGACAAGAUGUGAAAAGUGUGGUUUACAAAGAGAAUUUUCUCCCUUUUCUUCUUUUUUUUUUUUGGGAUGUAAAUUUAAGAAUGUAAAGAUAUGUAAAUUAGAUUAAUACACAGACUUAUAUACUGUGUAUAUAUGUUUAUAUACAGCACACUUUAUUGCCAUCCUGUAGGGGCUCAUUAAUGGCUAGAGCUGUCACAUCUCUGCUGACCAGACCUCUUUUUAAAUGAAGUGCAUGUCUCAUCAGCUUCUUUUUUUUUCUUUUUUUUUUAAAUACACUGUCUUUUUUUGUUUUGUUUUGUUUUUUUCUCCCUGGGCCAAUCACAUCCAGUGCAUCGAGUUAUUUUUGUUUUUCAGCGAGCCGCAGAGGCAUUUUAAGCAGCUUUGCUUUCCACUAUUGAUCCCUGAAAGCCUGAAAGCCGUGGAAGAAAUCUUACACCUCAUUUAAGCUGCAUUCAUAAAACAAACAAACAAAAACUUUUAGCGGGAGGGAACAGUCAUCACAGCCCUUUGCUUGGUUUCUGCUUUAACUUUUGUGUUGUGUAUGUGGAACAUAAACCGAAUCGUUCAUGCAGGAA